AUGUCGCAGCUAAUCUCGCUGUGUCGCGCCGUGAUCGAAGACUAUUUUGGGCCCAUCGUUGCCACUGUGGGCGAAGCAUUGCUCCGAGAAGCGGGUCCCCUCGCAAUAAUUAUUAGCCGGUUGAAAGAAAAGGUGACUCUGCCGCAAAUUCGUCGUGCAAUCGUUGUACUGGAGCAGCAUCAUCUACUAACAUUUACACUUGUCAAUGCGCAACGGGUGUACUAUCGAAUAAACCCCUGGGAUGUCGUAAAUCUGUUGCGGAUUCCUCGCUGUGGCCAAGUCAUCAAGUCACUUUAUGCCGACGCUGGGGAAGCCAUCUACGAAGAACUGAUCGGAGAAGGCCGAACGACGAUGAACAGUUUGCUACAAAAGGUGCAAGGGAGAGAGCUGGGAAUUCCGGUGACUGAGGUCUACAAGAAAUUUUGCGCUCUUGCGGCCGCGAAUUUUAUUAUUAAGGAAGCACCGGUGGAAUGCGUUGUUCGGGGCUGCCCAAGCUUCUCCACCACCUAUGACCAAUUCACCGUACCUGAACUGAAGCUGGCUAAUUUCAACGACGGGUCUCGCAAGCGCAAAGCCUCCGUUAGCGGCGAUGAUGAGAGCAUUUAUUGGAAAAUCAAUUGGAAUCGUUUUGAAAAAUAUCUACGCGACGAGCUGAUAAUUGAACUGCUAGCUGGCCCACAUUCUAGUUCGACUGAACACCAAGAGCGUCGCUCCACGAUACUGGCUUUGCUGAAGACCAAUGAGGCGCGCGCAACACCUCAGCAGAUUCUAGAAACGUUACCGAUAUCGCUAACUGACAUUGUAACGACCGCCAAGGACAGCGGCAUCGCUGAUCUUGAUCGUCGAUCAGCGGAAUCGGCCCUACUGUCCAUGUGUGAAACGGCAAAUGGAGUCCUUCGGAAAGUGGGCGACAGUGCCGGUGGACUUUACACGAUAGAUUACUCUCUUGGAAUGCGCCAACUCGCACAGUCUCACGUCGAAUCGCUCAUCCGUGAGCAGUUGGACACGAAGGCCGUCCGGAUUUUCAGGCUCCUGCAGAGACACCGCUAUUUGGAGGAGGAACAGAUCGAAAAAAUGGUCAUGCUCAGUUCAAAAGAAACGCGGGAGCUACUCUAUGCAAUGAACGAAGAGAACUAUGUUUUUGUCCAGCCCCUGGGCAAGACAUCGGAUUUUGCUCCCGCUAGGACAUUCUACCUCUACAAUUUUGAUUUGGACCGCACAGUCCGUCUCGUCGAGGAGGGCACUUGCAAGUUCUUGCUGAAUCUGAUCAGCAGGCGAAAACAUGAAGAGAAGCAACACUCCGUCCUCUUGGAGCGAAACAGGCGCAUGGAGGCAAUCCUUGCCGGCCUUGAAGAGAACACCUCCGAGCAACAGAAAGCCGAAAUCGUACAGAUCUACUUGAGCGAAGGGGACCGAACAACCCUGGAAAAAUAUAAAAAUGGACAGAAAAUGCUGAUGGCAAGCGAGGUGGAGAUCGAACGAGUGCUCUUCGUACUGCACAGCCACUUGGGCUUCUCGAAACGGCGCGCACCUGAAAUGAAUUCGAGCUCAACGGAUCUGGUGCCCGACGAUUACGCGUACAGGCAAAUCGGCAUUGAUCCGGAGCAAGAGUUCAACUUCGAUCAGGACAAUGUUGAAUGGAUGCAACCGCUUUUUCUAUCGGUCAUCGCAGCGAAUGUCGAAAAACCAGAUGGCGUUGACGCGGGCGCGUUUUUCGGAAUGUUUUCUCAGAUAACCGGUUUGGCGUGCACGGCGAGUGAUAUCCCAGUGUGUUUCCCCGGCUGCAAUACCAUUCCCGAGGCCAUCGGCGCUUAUCUGGAUGAUUACGUCCAUUUCCACGAAUCUUUUGGACUCUUCAAACUGAAGGCUGUUCCGAAUGACCGCGGUGGCGACUGGAAGUUUAUUCUGGUGAUGCUAGAAGAACAAAGGAAACGCGAAGAAAUGAGAAUUAGCAAGAAGGCGGCCAGGAACUACGAACCUGAGAAGCGGCGGAUCUAUAUGGAGAACUUCAACGCACUGCACGCAAUCAUGUCGGAGAUCAACGCCAGGCAACACAGGCCGCCCAACAGCCCAAUCCCGUUCGCCGAUCUUCGAAUAGCCUAUGACAAAGUUGGACAAUGCCUGAAUGCAAAGUAUAUGACGGAGCAUUUUGGCCGCUCGUCAUUCAAGAAACUGGUGCUCGACAAUACCAAUAGCCUGUUCUCAUCUCGUCUCGAAUACAUCGAAUCGCCGAGGGGUGGUGGACUCUUCGACUUGGCUAUCAAGAAGGGCGUACAACCAUUUACCGAGGCGGAAAUCGCUGUGACCAUCGAGGCGGCUAUCCAGGAUAAGACUAAUCUACUGAGAUCUAAGAAGGAACACAUCACGGAUUUCAACAAGAAACGGCAAGAAAAUCGGCCUGCCGGCAAACCAGUAGCAACCCGCCCUGAGGUUCCUAAAAGUGAACUUCCCGCUCCCAUCCUCGACAUUAUCAAAGGAACAGUGCGGCAACCGACCGAAAUGCCGCGUGUGGUUCAACCUCGUGAAGAGAGCUCCACCGAUGAUGACGACAACGCCUACACCGAUGACGAGGAGGAUCGAAAGCAGCGCGUGGAAAGGAGCCGGGCGAACCAGAGUACAAGGCAGGACGUUUCAUUUCCGGCGCCCAGUCGCGCCCCCCUCCGUCCCCAGGAAAUCGGCCGCAACGUAUGGGAUGAUCCUCGCGCUGAUAGCCCCACCAUGGAUCUCCAACAAUUGAGGAUCCUGUUUUUCCCGCCCGAUCAGAACGCAGCCGAAUAUGUGCAGCCGCGGGCUUCCGACCCGCACGGCCAAUCAACGCACGACGAAUCGGCCCAGCCAUCGUCGCAUUUCGCCGCCCGUGACGCUAACACGGUGGCCGGCUUCAACCCAAAUGGCCGUGCCGACUUCAACCCAACUAUGGGUGCACCAUCGUACCAGUCAGAAACUAAGCAGGCUACCCAGGAUUCGCACUUUGGCGCCCGCUUCAACUCAAAUGACCGUGCAGGGUUCAACCCAGUUAUGGGUGCACAAUCGUACCAGUCAGAGAAUAAGCAGGCUGCUCAGGUUUCGCAUUUUGGGGCCCGCAACAACAACCCGGUGGUCGGUUUCCCCUCAAAUGAUCAACCGCAGCUCAACGCCACCUUCAGUGGAUCAUCAUACCAGCCCGAAAGUGUUCCGGCUGCCCAGCCGUCGCAGUUCGGCGCAAUUCGGUUCAACCCCAACCCGGUGGCUGGCUUCUCAGAUGAUCGGCUGCAGUUCAACACCAAUAGUGGGCCAUCGUACCAGCAAGUGAAUAUUCCUGCUACUCAGCCUUCUACGUUCGGCGCCCGCAACCACAAUACGAUGGCUGGCUACUCCUCAAAUGAACGCCCACAGUUCAACACCACCAUGCCAUCGCACCAAUCUGAAAAUCAUUUUGCUACCCAGCAACCACAGCAGCAACAGAGCAUCUCCAGAAACAACGUCGAUCCGCAUGGACGCUCUAUGCCAAAUUUCCAGCCAUCGAUGCCUUCAUAUCCUGAAGAGCGUCGUGGAAUGUCAGCUUUCGACAAGCCGCCACAACGCAACGGUGGACAGCUGGAGUUCAAUCAGUACGAGGGAGCGGCGCAGGCUAUGCAAUCGAAUCAGAGCUUUUCUACGCAAAGCAUUCAAAAUCCUCGUGGUCAAUUUGCGAUGGGCUCGUCCUCUGGCUCUCAGCCUGCCUAUUCGCGUUCCGAAUCUCGACAGGAUGUGUUCCACGGGUCCGGUUCAUCCGGCAAUACAACGCGGCGCGGGCAGGGCUUCUCCGAAACGCCCCAACCUGCCGUCCAUGGAUUCGUCGCCCGGGAGGCCGGCAUCCAAACUGACAACGACUUUUUUGACGAGUUUGGCCGCUUUGAAACCUUCAAUUCGAAGGAGGCGCUGGCUGAGGUGAUUUACAAUCUGCUGGUGUACCGUGAGCGUGAAAAGGAGUCCCUCAGGCUCUGCAAAGUCGAGGAAAUUAUGAACGUCCUUCUGAUGAAGCCGCUCUCGCACUACGGCCACAACAACUGGGCCUCGUUCAUCACCUUCGAAUGCGGUAACCGGAUCAAGCUCAACCCGGUUGGCUCGCCAGCGAAUGAUUUUCUUCUGACGUUGUGGAAC